AUGGCCUCUGUGAAUAAUGAUAUUGAUAAGGCCACAACUUUGUUAGAAGAGAUGAUUUCUACUGGCAACUCUAUGGAGAAGGAGGAAGCAACGAAUUUACCUAAUUGUGAUGAUUUUCGAUGUAAUCACAAACAAUUGAAGGAUGUGCAUAUUGCCUGUGGACAUAGGCUCUCCAACGCUGCUGCUGCACACAAGAAACCAAUUCUAGGGCAGUUGAGGUCCUUGACUGUUAAGCCUGAGUGGGAAGAGCAAGAUGUUUACUCGAGCCAUCGAAGAAACGCACUAAGGAUGAUGAGGUCGACAGCUUGGCACUCCAUGGCAGCCACUAAUGCCUUUCUGAGAGGAGAUCAUUUUUCUGCCCACCAGCACUCAUCAAAGGCUCGUAAAGAAUGGUUGGAUGCAGAAAGACUCAAUGCUAAGGCAGCUAAGGAAAUUUUGAGCAUAAGAAAUAGUGAAAAUGAUCCAUGGACGUUGGAUUUGCAUGGUCUUCACGCAGCAGAGGCUAUUAAAGCCUUGCAAACACAUCUGAACAAAAUUGAGACCCUUCUAAAGAAUCAACCAGUAUCCUAUGGGCCCUUUAUUAGCAUAGACGUGGAGAACUUGGACAAACAACAGACGAGAUUUAGGCAAAGAACAGCAUCAUUACAAGUAAUUACAGGUGUAGGCAAUCACAGUAGAGGUCAAGCUGUACUCCCAACAGCGGUGAGAAGUUUCCUUAGUGAAAACAGAUAUGACUUUGAUGAAGCAAGGCCAGGUGUAAUUUCUGUUCGCCCUAAAUUCUGUCACAGGUGA